UUGGUUGUAGUACGUAAGCUAACUUUGCCCUCUGAUAUCAUGGCGUUAGCAGGGAGUAUAGCGAAAGUAGUACCCAGAUUGGGGUCGUACAUUGGAAGAAGCCGUCUUUCAAUAUUUAACAGGAUACAAAGGCGAGGGAUUGCAGUUUGUAUCGAUCCUUCUUUGGGACUCUCAGAUGAACAGAAAGAAUUCCAAAAGAUGGCCUUUGAUUUCGCAGCCAAUGAGAUGGCACCACACAUGGCGGAGUGGGACCAGAAAGAAAUCUUCCCGGUGGAAACCAUGCGGAAGGCGGCACAGCUGGGGUUCGGAGGGAUCUAUGUGCAGCCGGAUGUGGGCGGAUCCGGUCUGUCCCGACUCGACACCUCGGUCAUCUUCGAGGCCCUGUCCACUGGCUGCGUCAGCACCACCGCCUACAUCAGCAUACACAACAUGUGUGCGUGGAUGAUUGACACAUUUGGCAACCCAGAGCAGAGGGAGAGGUACUGCCCUGAACUCUGCACCAUGGACAAGUUUGCCUCCUACUGCCUUACAGAGCCUGGCAGUGGCAGUGACGCGGCAUCGUUACUGACUACUGCGCGUCUAGAGGGCGACCAUUAUGUCCUCAAUGGGUCCAAGGCGUUCAUCAGCGGGGGAGGGGACACGGACGUGUACGUGGUCAUGUGCCGAACCGGCGGAAAGGGGGCCAAGGGCAUAUCCUGCCUGGUGGUGGAGAAAGGAACGCCGGGACUGAGCUUCGGCAAGAAGGAAAAGAAGGUAGGCUGGAACUCGCAGCCGACUCGAGCCGUCAUAUUGGAGGACUGCGUCGUGCCCGCGGCCAAUCGCCUGGGCCAGGAGGGGCAGGGCUUCAAUAUCGCCAUGAAAGGCCUCAACGGGGGCCGGAUUAAUAUCGCCUCCUGUUCCCUGGGGGCAGCCCAUGCCUCUGUUCAGCUGGCCAGAGACCACCUGAUGGUGCGCAAGCAGUUUGGAGAGGCCCUGUCCCACAACCAGUUCCUCCAGUUCAAGCUGGCAGAGAUGGCCACCAGGCUGGUGGCCUCACGGAUGCUGGUGCGGCAGGCUGCCCUGGCUCUGCAGGAGAACCGGUCGGACGCGGUCUCCCUCUGCUCCAUGGCCAAGCUGUUUGCCACCGACGAGUGUUUCCAGAUCUGUAACCAGGCACUCCAGAUGCACGGAGGCUACGGCUAUCUGAAAGACUAUGCCGUGCAGCAGUUUGUGCGGGACUGCAGAGUGCAUCAGAUACUGGAAGGAACUAAUGAAGUGAUGCGUAUGAUCAUAGCCAGGAAUCUCUUGGUGGAUUAAUAAGCUCUGGUGGCUGACAUCGUGUCAGUAACUCACCUGGGCAGGGUGGGCAGGGAAAGGACUCGAUCUUCAGCUGCCUGGUUGCACAUUUCUGCAGUUGCCACUUUGUGUGGUGGUUCCCUUGUGUUUUUGUUGCUCAGCGUCUGAUUCUCCUGGAGGUUUUCAUGGAAUUCACUGUGAUGAACACGGACAAUGUUUCUGUAGGUUCUUACGCACAAAUUGGUCAAUCACUACACCCAACAUGCAUACACGCAUACAAAUGUGGGGUUAGAGGAUUCAGAUUUUAAUGCUUCCAGCAGAAGUGGUCCUCAAUCUUGGCCUUGGAUAGCUAGGCCUGCUGGAUUCAUUUGUGAAUCUUACUGAAUCUUUUCAUUCUAAUAAUCUUUAUUUAUAUUACCUUUCAAAACAAAGUUACAAGAUAUAAUUUCCACAGAACCAGCCAAGCAUGUGAAGCAAGGCACUAGUCAUGGUGUGACUAGUCUACCUUCCGUACAGGUGCACGCAAUACAUUCAGUUAUGGCCACCUGGGAAGUGAUAAAUUGCAGGCUUUUAUGGAGGAUGUAGAAUGGCUGAUUAUGAACUGCUUUAGGGAAAUCCAAAUAUUUUAGUUGUUUCAUAAUCAAUACAUCCUAACUGUCUACAAAUCACCUCUGACUGAUGUGACAAAAUACAUUUUGGAGUUGUUACCUGUUUUUGAAUGUUGCCGUUGUAAACUUUGUUGCUGUUGUAAGCCUUCACCUUGUACUCCUAGAUGGUACCUUUUUAAGUUUUUGAUGUAAACACAUUCUCUUACACUGCCUUGAGAAUUACUUUUUAUACUAAAAUUCAGCCCAUAAUGCAAAUAUUAUGUUUAGUUGGAGAACAAAAGAUCAAACAGAAGAAAUGUGCUGAACACUCCUUUUCAGACAAAAUGGCCUCACCAGAGGGCGUGCAUUGGAGCGCUAUUUGAGGAGAGCUACCCCAACAGAAAUCCUGAAAUUUGCCACUGACUUACUGUAAGUGGUCAGUACUGUUUGUUAUUCGCUUAAGGUUAUUUCCAAGGCAGAGAUAGGCAGCUUAUUGAUGUUCAGUACUGUAUACGAAAGGAGAACUUUAAAGAAUUAAGCCCACUUCGGGAACUUUGAAUUGACCAGUCAGAUCCCAUGCGCGUCUUUCCACAAUACAGGCCAGUGACUUGUCUGUGGAAUAACUAUUUCACAGAGCUGUUAAGAUGUGCUCAGAUACUGGUAUCAGAUAGGAUUUUGGGCCUAUUGGGCAGACACAACUGAAAAGGUGCUUUGUCCUUAAAGGUACAAUCGGUAAUUUUGGACUUCUAACGGUCAAGAGAGGAAUAGCACACAACAAACGCCUUCAAACCAUAACACUGUUUAUUCCUCCCCCUUCUCUGUAAACAUGCUGACAUUGAAACACCAUUGGCUGUGGCAAUUAGAACCAAUUUUCAACCAAUGAGCUUGAAUCAUUGUACAGUUAUUCAGUGUUUUGGUUUGAGUGUCGGGCUGUUUGAGUGUGUGUUUUGAAACCCUAAUUUAAGGCCUGUAAACACAGGCAGAGGGUGAGUCAACAUGUCAGUGAGCCUUUUUCAAUGAUAGAAAGGAUUUGCAAUGGUCUUGUAACAGUGUUUUAUCAGAAAAAUCUUACCUUUUGUACCUUUCAAAAUAUCACAGUGCAGUAUUAGUCAUAUCAGGUGCAGCAUGCGAUAAUGCGUGUUCUCCACGCUUUGUGCUCGUCCUUAUUAUUCUCCCGACACAGCGUACUGUACCAAGACCCGAAGGAGAAGGAGAGGGAUUAGUUUUCCCCCCCUUUUCACCGAUAACCAUGGCAACCCGCUCUUGUGCAGCGCUCAGCUGUGCGGGCCAAGUAACCAUGGCAACAAGGUCUCACCAUCACAAAGUGGUUUUGUCAUUUAGACUGAGAUUUGCUUUUUUUUUUUUUGGGAUGAGGGAGAAAGCUUGUUGGGAGAGAAAGACAUGUGAAUAGAGCUGGCAGUGCUUUCAAAUCAAAUGCGAUUUUAAACGGUCUGAUUCUGAGGGAGCAAUGUUUUUCUGAUCCACAACCCUGACUAACAAUCAUGUUUCCUUUUACGCCAAGUUAAUAAAGAAUGGGCAACAUC